AUGUCGGAUAACCAUGGGACACCGCAUAACUGGUCCUCUAUAGAUUUGAAUCUAGUGGCUCAGACCGGCCAAAAUAUCCAAAACGCAACGUUUAAUCUAAACCCUACUCUUACUACCGAAGGUGGAACAGCCUGUCAUGGCAAAGUUCUCAGCCGCAGCCAUCAUACAUCGCGAAGCGGGAGUGAAGCUGCAACUGACGGACCGCGAUACCAACGUUCUAAGCGAGUGUCCCAUUACCGUAUCGAAAAGAAGUACCGCACAAAUAUCAACGAUAAGAUUCGACUUUUGAACGAAAUGCUCCCAGAAAAUCUGCAAUGUGCUCAGCUGUGUAUGGAUACGGAAAGGGAAGAUAUAAACAUUGCUACCACUAAAAGUAAAGCGGCCGCAAAGCGCAGCAAGGGAGAUGUACUAUCUCUAGUCAUUGACUAUAUUGUCUUCCUGCAAAAGAAGGACUUGUUGCAGAAGCAAAGAAUUCAAGAUUUGGAAGACUGCCUUUGGACAUCAAAGCACUGGAGUUUUGAAUGA